UAUUCAGAUUCCGAACCGGCUUUCACUUUCUGCUUUCCGACCGGGAUUUAACCUUCCAGAGCAGGCGACCGGCGCGAGGGAGUCAACAAAUGGGUCUGCGGAAAACACGGCGUCUCCGAAGGACACGCAUGCAAUGACGCCGAAAGAAAAAAACAAGCCGCGCUAGCAUCUGCCCCCGAACACCCCUUUCUUUUUCUUUCGUCUAUUUGCUCGAACUGCCGCUCGCCACUUUUCGCGCCGGCGAAUAAUAUAGAUGGUGCGCUCUUUGCGAGCCCCUUUAUCAGUCCCGAAUAGCCCUUUCUCUUUUCUGACUAUAAGCUGCACCUUGCAGGGGAGAGUGAAUAGCGAGCGAAUCAGGUUGGCUUACUCUAAUGAGAAAGAUCGAACGAGGUGCCCUGGCUGAUAACGCACGCCGCGGUGGACAUUGAAAGGCAAAGUAACCCCGCGUUCGAUGCUCACGCCUGGCUGUCAUCGGAGAGGAGAGAUUCGCGAGAGUCGCGACAGCAGAGUAACAACAACGGAGCUUUCGAGGGCUCUCCUUUGAAUAUAGAAAUUGUGCAAUAGGUGGCGGCGGGUCUCUCGUCUAACGAUGCUACUCAUCGUCUACGCGUUCAUCGGGGCGUUAUUGCUCGUGGUGACUGCAGUUUUGGCAGCGCACGUGGCCCGGUACAAGACAUGGAAGUACGUGAAGCACAUGCCGGGGCCUGACGAGACGAUCCCGAUGCGCACGGUGCUCCAGGUGCAGCUUAAGGCGUCAGCGAUGAAAGACGUGCUACCUCCAACUGUUGUGUACAUGCAAUCACGUUUCGCGCUAACGUUGAAGUAUCAAAAGGAAGGGUUCUUCGCCUUUUACCUUGGCACGAGACCAUGCAUCACAGUAUACAAGGCAGAGUAUGUCGAGACAUUCUUGACGAAUCGCAACACACAAUCAAAGUCUUUUCAUUACGGGCUCCUUCAUCCGUGGCUGGGAACUGGACUUUUGACGAGCGCGGGACCAAAAUGGAAAAGCCGCAGACGAAUGUUGACACCAGCUUUCCACUUCAAGAUUCUUGAGGACUUUGUAGCGCCGAUGAAUAAGAUGGCCAGGCGCACAGCCGCCCGAAUCGAUGACCAAUUCAAGGAGCCCUGGAUCGACGCUGUACCUAUGGCAGCUGCAUGCGCUUUGGAUGUCUUGCUCGAUACCAUAAUGGGUGUAUCGAACUCUAAGAUCGACAGCGAAUGUCAGCGCUACGUGCAAAAUGUGAAAUUUGUGGCGGAGCGAAUAAUAAAAAGGUCGCAGGCUCCGUGGCUUGCACUAGAUUGCCUAUACUACAGAACAGAAGACGGACGACAAUAUCAAAAGAACGUGUCUGAGAUUCACGCCUUCACAAAAAAGGUUAUCUCCAAAAGAAGAGAAGAGAUAAUGAACGAAAUAAACUCGGAAAAGAAGGACAAAGAAGCAAGCCCUACAGUUGAAGACGACCUCCACCUAACGACGAGAGCAUCAAAGAGAUUGACUUUCAUUGACAUCCUGCUUCGUUACAGCAUACAGGUCGACUCUUCCUUGACAGACGAUGACAUAAGAGAGGAAGUGGAUACAUUUAUGUUCGAGGGACACGACACAACUGCGAUGGGCAUUGCUUGGUCCCUUUACAUGAUUGCAUUGCACCCGGACGUUCAAGCUAAAAUUCACGAGGAAUUGGAGUGUGUCCUGCAAGGCGACCUAGAUGCUGAUAUAACGUUGGAAGAUUUAAAAGAGCUCAAAUACUUUGACCGCGUGCUCAAGGAAAGCCAACGCCUAUUUCCAUCGGUACCCCUUAUUGGGAGAGCCGCAGCGCAAAAUGUUAAAAUCGGUAAACACAUCGUUCCAGAGGAGAGUGACGUUGACAUCUUCAUAUAUGCUCUACAUAGAGAUCCAGGUGUGUUUCCAGAUCCUGAAGUGUUCGAUCCCGACAGGUUUCUACCAGAAAAUGUUGUACACAGACAUCCGUACGCGUAUGUGCCCUUCUCCGCGGGUCCCAGGAACUGCAUAGGUCAGAAGUACGCUUCGAUGGAAGUUAAGAUCAUCGUCGCUACCCUUCUUCGACGCUUCUUUUUGAAGGCAGUUGAUCGGCGAGACCAACUGAUGCUCACGUGCGAACUUGUGUUGAGGCCAGUGAAUGGACUCAGAGUUGAGUUUACGCCACGGUCACGGGGCAUCUGAGCGCAUUCCUCUGGCCUAGUUCUUGAGUUACUGAGUUACUCUUUCUUGAGUUACCGUAGCGGCAACUGUCUCGCUGGUCUUUCCGCUAAGAACUACAAUCGCAGCAAGGUCAUUGAUUAGGAAACAAAAUGGGCGAUGCUGACCUCGCACACUUGCAACCAUAGGAAUGAAGAUGUUCCCAUUUGCUUCGAGAGUCCCCUGGGUAUGGCACUGUAAGCUUUAGAUCGAGGGUUGACCAUACGCGUACAGGGUUUGAUGAUCGGCCAUGAAUCCCCUAUAAACUCUUAACGUAGAUGGACAUAAUAAAUCUACAAUGAAGUAACAUUCCUUUACAGGCUACGUGGUAACCCAGAACAACGUAUUUAAGAUAGAGCAAGUACCAGUUAGUUAGUUAGUGAAAACAUUAUUGAGCUCUAGUAAUUAUGUUCUUCUGCGGCUUUGGCGGAUUCUUCGGGGGAGUCUUGCUCCUUGUGUCUUCCCCGGAGGUCUUCACCCGCUGCUUCGUCCGUCCUCUAUCGCAAUGGUCGGCUGCCCUCAGUCCAGGGCUCCGCUGGCUUCUGCUGUCUGUCGUGCACGCCGCACUAGAACCAGCGUUUCGCUACAAGACUGCACGGUAGUCAAGGCUGAAGAAGUGGCCGUUGAUCUAGCGUCAGCGGAGGGCUAUCGGAUCGGACAGUCGCUAACAAUACUCUCGGACUCGUAAACAGCCUGCCGCAACUACUCGCAUGGCAGAAUCAGUCACCGAGCACUCCGCAUACUCUGCUCAGCAAGUACAAGAGAUAUUGUGAUGGGGAACUGCUUCAGAGAUCAUCAUGGUCAGAUGCGCCACUGUAACAAAGGAGAGUUGAACUUCGCCUUGAGUUUUUUGUUACAGUGAAGUGAUUCCAAAUACCAUGCAAUACUACCCAAACCAUUUUUAGCAGAGCUGGUGUAUUCAAAAUUGUUGUAUUGUUACAAAAACUCUCUCUUUAUAUGCACGAGCUUGUACGCAGCGCAUCAUCGUUUAUUCGUAGAACAAAUGGCUACGUUGUACUGCCUUGAAUCUAGCUGCUAUACUAGGAGUCAUAAAACGCUCUUACCAGCUGCAAAUGGCCAUAGACCAAAGAAAGAUAUCAUGCUCCCACGUUUUACAGCACUUAUUGCGAAGGACAGUUCAAUAUAUCAUGAUUCACUGAAUAUAAUAGUGUCUUCUCUCUGGGUUUUGUUGUCCGAGCGUUCCUGGAAAAUGGCCCUAUUUGCCAUUUUGCAAUAGGGUUGCGGUUAAUAUUUUGCGUUUAUAUAAGAUACUUAGGUUUGCGAAGACUUUAAUGGCGUCAGCUACCCCUUUUCACAUAUAGUUACUACAACAAAAGGCCGCAUAAACGGAAAAUUUGUAUAAAAGGCACCAACGCCUAAACUACACUCGCCUAAAUAAAUCGCGCUAUAUGCUGCAGCUCAGCAAAUCCAGCUGAGCUGGAUUUCUUCCUUUCUUUUGCUUUCUUUUCGUGCCUCUGUUCUUUGCAACAAAAAAUGUCGCAAAAAGAUCCUUAAAGGUAAAGUUCAGUCACCUUAAUAUACUCCGGACAGAGCACAAAUGAAAACAGGGAGUGAGGUGGUACGCUAGUGAAAUUUCUUUUUCGUCUCAAGUAUCUGGCUUUUUUACUAUAAAACCAUACAGUCCGGCCAUCUUGGGCACGUAUUUUUUUGCCUCUUGUAGUGCUGUGCAGUGACUAGCUGUGCAUUUUGUUUCCCAGCAUGUCCUCUGUCAGAGGCGAGCAGGCUGCACCACGUUUGACUAUAGGGCUGACUGCAGGUACUGCUAAGCACCACCCGUGUUAUGCAAUCCAAACCACGGUAUCGUGCUAGGCCGAAAUGAUUAUCUUCUCCACUCUGCAGCACUUAUGGCUUUGCUUCGUCGAAAGCUCAAGGCUUGAAACACAGAGUCAUGGUGGUAUAGACGGCUGCGAGCUAUUCUGUAAAAUUGCGCUAACCGAAGCAGGAAGAUUUGUAGUACUUAUAUUUUUUGUCCCUGCGUGCUUUAAAACAGAGAGAUGGACUUCAUAACGUAAUGUCACGGCCAUUGCUAGAGCUUUAAGGCGUAAGACGCAUUGCUUUGGGACAAUUGCACUACAGGAAGUGACUGGCGGCACGGUCCGCGUCGCCAAGUAUGUACUGUCAUGUGGGCUUUCAGCAAAGACUGCAAUUACGCUACGAGCACUUACUUUUCGAACACAUUCAAUUCCCUUUGCCAUAGUUAUUAAUGCGUGUGCGUGGAUGCGUGUGCGCGUGUGUGUGUGUGCGUGUCACAACUACGGUCGUUCAGCGAGCGCGUCAGCUGGCACCGAAUGAGCAAUAUCGCCAACCAGUUUCUUUUCUACAUGCAGAUCAGUAACAAAUUAUGUACUGUUAAAACAAAUGGCUCCCGCUUAAUUAAGCUCACGUGUCCUCGUAGCUGUUAUAUGUGCUUUUUUUGCCGCUAAAGUUUUCUUCUAUUCCUCCUGCAUAUCCAGCUUUUCUGGACACGUAGCAACUAGCGCCCCAAGCGGCCGCGGCACGUAGCUAGCGCGUCUUCAAUGUAAAGAGCGGGUUUCUCGCGAAUAAUUAAAGCUGCAGGUCGAAUAUCGAAAAGGACAGGUGAUAGAUAUGUUCUAGAAGACAAUCCACAUGAGACAAAUGCAGUGAUCGCGCUGUGGGAAGCUAGAAUUUUGUUCCCAGAGCGGGUAAAUAUUCAGCAAUGGAAACCUAUGGAAACGAUGGAAAUUUGUAGACACUUUUAGACACAUUUGUCAGACACUUUAGGCGUUUUGCGAUACGCGAUUUCCCUCGCCGCGACCGUCAGCAGCAUAGCAACCGGACGGUGCACUAGAAAUGUAUCAAGCGCGAUAAGCACCCGCGCGAGAGCUAGCGUGAAGGUUGUCGUCACUCAGGGGCGCUAUUCUGGACACGCAUGGCGGCUGCACGGCCGCCAUUAUCCGCCAUGUUUACUCUCUGAUUGGCUGUCGAGAGGUCACGUGUUUUAAAAUUUGUGCCGGGAAGCGGAAGUAUUGCAAAAUGCAAUUUUGCGUUUUCAUCAAGAUGACGAAACGUGACGUGGAGCUGCAAAUUUUAUGGACUAAUACAUUUUUUUGGUCCUUGGCAGCUAUAUUGCGAUGUUAGCGCUUCAAAAAGAAUGUGAGCGGUAGCGCGCAGAAGCCAGUGCAAUGCAUCUGCAAUUGCGCGAAUAUGUGGUGGCGAUCCAAGAUGUGCGCCAUGCCAGCUUGCUGAUUGGCUGAAGGAAUAUCUCGUGAGGAGCGUCACAGGAAGGGCUGUUUCGUAAACGUCAUUUUGACGAUACGUGACGUUGCGCUGGGCCGCCAUUGCUGAGAUUUUCCGCUAUAAUUUUUGCUGCGACGAGCCGCGCGAAUUAUGCUAAUGAGCAGCCAUAUGCAAUGGCAGCCUAGAGGAAUGCGUAUCGCCACAUUUUCCCCGUCGUUUGGCACCACGAAAGUCUUUUGUUCAUAACGCGUGCUCAUAGUAUUUGCAUCGCUCUCGGGUGGUGUUGACAUUUGUGUUUGGGGCCAUCAUUUUUUAAAAGAACGCGUUUAUACGAAAUAAUAUUGGUUGAACAUAGCAAACUUUCGGUAAUGUUGUCCACUUUUCACUGCUGCAUUUGUAUUGUAAUCAAGAUUAAUGCCUUUUUGCACAAUCAAAACUUAUGACAACGGCCUCUUUCCAAUUUAUAAAAAGAAAUGUACGCAAGGCGGAGCCUUGAAGUUUCCUCCCUCGGUGCGAGUAACCAGCGAAAUGAACAAGAGAUGGCAGCGCCGGCGCUUGCGUCGCACUAGUGGAUAUCUCUGGCGCGCGCAACGCUAUCGGUGAUACUCGGCCGUUUCUCAGCCAGCCGAGUCGGGCUGAGUCACUUGCGUUUCACAAGAUAGCGAUGACGUGGCCUAGAACGUGCGCGCAUCACCACUGGUAGGUCGCGUAUGUUGUCUCAAGCAAGAAAACAAGCGCGUUAGCGCCAACCAUGCGAUGACUCAUUCCAUUUUCCGGGGACACGCAUCCCAGCUAUUGAAGCAGACGACGGCUUGUACGCAGCAGACGACGGAAGCGAGGAGCGUUUUUGACGGAAUAAUCAUAUGCUUUGAGAUAGCUGCUUUAUUUUUACUGCGGAGGAAAACUGUUUUGCUUUACUGGUAACGCUACAUUCAGUGCCAUCUUUUCAGUUUCUUAGGCGAAACGUCAAGUUGGCGUCACGUUACGUAAGCAGAACUGGGCCACCAGCGCCAUUUUGUUUGCGUCGCGCCUACGUCAUACACCGAAGAAAAUGGCGGAAUGUCCAGAAUAGCGCCCCAAGGCACUCGCGAAGCGAACGCGCGGCGCGAGAUAGCAGCGCCGCUUAGCGGCCCCGCUGCCGCUCCCGCGCCCGGAGCCGUGGUCUCUCCACUCUUGCUCACGACUGUACUUCAAUAAAUAUAUGUGCAUGUGCGGGAUACCUCGGCUGCGUUGCUCCUUGCUUCGAUUUUCAACCAGUUUACCCACACGAUCUCACGCAUGUAUUUCUUUUCGUGCCUCUGUCAGUGUUUCGUCUUUUUACACACACACCCAUUUCGCCGUGGGAAUUUAACGAGAUAAUAUCGCACGACACCCGUAUCUACACGUCCGUAUACAUAUUUCUUCGGGCUUUCAUAUUUUUCUUUUUUUUUUCGCAAACUCGGCGCCCCGAGCAGUUUAUUGAUAGCUCCAAAUGCUUUAUUUGCGAGCACUAUGCCUUUCGAUCAUGCCUUGUUCUCCUCCUUAGCUCAAUUCAUUUUUAUGUCAAACAUGGCGCCUUGUAUUCGAUCUAUUGUUAUUAUGUUUUUUUUUCGACAUGCUUUGUAACCAAUCCUGCCUAAGGCCUGUUACGACGCUGACAGUACGCCUGAAGUAAUAAGUAAAUUACAGGGCGUUAUUUUCCAUAGCCAUGGUCUGCGCAAUCCAGAAGCCGUAUGAGGGCCCAGGAUUAAUGAUGACUAGCUGGGAUUCCUUACAGUGCUCUCAAACUUGGGUAAACAACGCCUUUCGCAUUCCAGCCCCAUCAGAAUACGGCUGUCGCUACCACAAAUUGAGCCCGCCGUCCCGCUUUCGGCAGCAACGCAGCUGCUCACCACUCGACAGCUUCGCAAACUUUAUUUUUUAUUUAUUUCAAGAUGUUGUCAAUCACUCUUACGUAUUUUUUCCCCUUUCAUGGCACUUUCUGUUGAUUUUUGAUCGCAUCUAGGCUUUCGGAUGGAGUCAAGCAUAGUACAUGAGGUUUAAGGCCCGAAAACAAUACAGGCGGUAUGACAGACACCGCAAAGACUAGCAGGUGAUUAAUGUCCGGUUCCUUUCGGUGUUGGCUUCUUUAACUCACUGCCAUGAAGUACGACUGGAAGGAAACCACCUCCCUGCAGUUCCCGGCAAUUUCUACUUGGAACAGGACAACGACAACAUCCCUGUGGCUCACGAGUUCGCCGUAGCAAGUCGAUUUGCGCUGACCGCCAACGCUUCGUCAGUCAUCCAAGAGUCAUCCACGGCUAUAGAUCAUCCAAGCUCAUGCUGGGCAGUGCCCAGUCUCAGAUAGAGCGCUCAGUCUGCAAGAGCUGGCUCUGGUGAUCUUCGGUUCUCCGUCAACAUCGUCAUCAGGCAGCGCCUAGUUCAUAAGCGACUGUAGUCACGCCAGUGGUUUCAGUCGGCAUGGUCGAGCAGCAGCGGUGCAGUCGACUUAUUCAGGGUGAUAAUUUUCAUUCCUGUCGCUUUACAAAAAUAAAAUAACGUGUUUCUGCUUCUCGUA